AGAGAAAGACGAAAAAAUAUUUUAGUGUAUCUUGAGAAAAACGGUGGGUGUGUGUGUAGAAUUUGUAUUUGCUUAAUUUGCUUGACUUUUUUUCCUGGCGAAUUAAAAUUUUAAUAAUUUAUAAUUUCGUUGUAAAACAAGUUGAUUUUACUAAGUAGAGAAAAAUACAGAGUAGAUAAAUAUAAAAAAGUGAAAAUUAAAAACUCUGUGAAUCGAGAAAGGUGACUAACUCUGAAAAACGACACGAGGCAUUAAAAAUCACCAAAAAUAUUUUGCAAAUAGUAAAAAAACUAAAAUAUUCAUGAGUACAAGUUUGUGUGUAUUUGAUAAAUUUAUUAAAUCAAUUGUUAAACGUUGUUAGAUUAACAACCACUUGCGAAAAAAGGGAACAAACAGCGAGUUAAUAAAAUAAACAUACCGUCAUCAUAAUCAUCCACUUUUUGUAACCAAAUUUCUAGAAGAUAAUUUAAAUUAAGAAAAGUAUCUAAUUUAAAAAGCAAUAAAAUGGCAGCUGAAGGUGUUCCACGUACUGAAUUGGAGGAUUUGCAAAUGAAAUCUGCCCAGGUGGCGGAUGAGUCCUUGGAAAGUACCCGCCGUAUGUUAAAUCUUAUGGAAGAAAGUAAAGAGGCGGGUAUACGUACACUCGUUGCCCUUGACGAUCAAGGUGAACAGCUGGAUCGCAUUGAGGAAGAUAUGGAUCGUAUUAAUGCUGAUAUGAAAGAGGCCGAGAAAAAUCUAAGUGGCAUGGAAAAAUGUUGUGGUAUUUGUGUGUUGCCCUGGAAAAAAGUAUCCAUAAAAGAUGACAGUGACAAUGCUUGGAAGAAUAAUGAUGAUGGCAAAAUUGUGAACAACCAGCCUCAGCGAGUUAUCGAUGAAAGAGAAAGAGCCGGUAAGGGUGCACCUCCCCAAUCUGGUUACAUAGCCCGCAUAACAAACGAUGCCCGAGAAGAUGAAAUGGAUGAGAAUCUGGGCCAAGUUAAUUCUAUGUUAGGUAACCUGCGCAAUAUGGCAUUGGAUAUGGGCUCUGAAUUAGAGAAUCAAAAUAUACAAAUCGAUCGUAUUAAUGCCAAGGGUGAUGCUAACAAUGAACGAAUGACGGGAGUCAACAAGAGGGCCAAUAAUUUACUCAAGAGUUAAAUCAAUUAAUCACUCAAACACACAGACACACUCACGGAACAGUAUAUUAAAAGUAAUAUCGUCAUCAUCAACAAUAUAAAAACAACAACAUCGUCAUUAUCAUAAAUAGCACAACAAGAAGAAACACAACAACAAUAUUGAAGUCAUUUAACAAAAAGAACUUAAUCAAAAUAUUAUAUGAUGAGGAAGCUCAAAAUAAAACAAAUAUUGAAUGAAUCCAGCUUUAAAUGCACAAUGAAAGACACACAAUCAAAUCAAAUAAAAUGGCACAAAACUUAAAAAACCACAGCACAACAUUAACUGAAAUAAUAAUAAAAUUGAAAAGAUAAAACGAGGAAAAUAAUAACAACAAUAAAAGAAUAACAAACAUGAAAACAAACCACAAUUUAUAAAUGUCCAAUAUUAAUAACUAAAUGGAACCACCAACAAAAAAAGCAAACAAUUACCACCCACUAAGGGAACUUUAAACUGUCUAACUAUUGUCUGAUUUAAGAAAAAAAUGGACUCUACAUAUUCAAAAUUCAAAAAAAAAAAAAAAAAAAGCAACUAACCUACCGAUUUUUUAUAAAUAUAUAUUAAAAAAAAAAAAACAAUUUAUAAAACAUUACUAUUUACAAACAACAAAAAAAUAAAAACAAAAAUCUAUUUGCUAAAACUAUUUAUAAUCUAUUACUAUAACUAUUUAAAACUAUUCAUACUAUUUAUUAAAUAAAAAUAUUAACACAAAUUAAAUUUUAAAAAAGUUAAAUUUAUAAUUGUUUAAUUUAUGUUUGGUUUUAUUUGUUAUGGAAAAUUAGUUUUCACUCUUUUUUUUAAACACUUGUUAUUAUUUUUUUAAUAUCACUAAUAGUUAAUUAUUUUGAUUUGUUUAAUAAAGUAUAAUUAUAAUUUUAAAAUACUGCAGCAAUUUUGGAAUUAAAAAAGACAAAAAAUCAUACAAAAAUAUCAAAACACUUUAUUAAAUGAUAAUAAUAUACAAAAAAAAAAAAAAAAAACAACAACAUAUUGAUAUACAUAAACCUAACUUAACAAAUACCUUAAAGUAACUGUUUUUUAUAUACAUGUAUAAAUCUAUUAAAAAAAUUAUAUACAAAUCUGCAUAUUGGUAAUUUGUAUGUAAUAUAGUAAAUAUGUAUGUAUGAACUCUUGUACUGGUGCAUUUCAACUGCAAUUUGUUUGGAACCAAUAUUUACACAAAAAACAACAAAUAAUUUAUAUUUUAAACUAAAAACAACUUGAAUUUACAACAUUUCCUAAACUCUCUAAAUGUAAUAAAAGUGUUUGUUAUUUUAUAUUGAAAUUAUGAAGUCUUUUUAAAUAAUUUUAUAA